GGCGCGGAACGGCAAAUUCCGAGGAACUGAUUUGUAUGUGUACAUGAUAAGCGAGAAGCUCCCGGCUCAAAAUAGAACGGCGUUAAGAGAAUCUGUUUUACGAUGGCUGUGUUAUGGCUGACCAAGUUUUUUGUUGUGGCUGUUCACAUCCUCUUAAGAAUCCUGUUUGUCUUAGCUAAUAAUGAUUUUUGUGGAAGUGUUUUCGAGACUCAAGUUGACUAUACCUUGGUCGGUCACGUCAUGGAAACGACUCCUGUUAAAGACGAAUUUCAAUGUCAGUUGAAAUGCAUGGGAAAUGACAGUUGCAAGUCGAUUAAUCUUCAUCCUAUUGACAGAAACAAAACUCGACUUUGUGAGCUGAACAAACAAACACGGCAGAUUAAGACGAAUGAUUUGAAGCCGAUGAAAGGAUUUACAUAUUUUGGCUCUGUCCAGGUCUCUUGUAUCAAUGGUUCCCACCAACGGAAUGGACAAAAUGAAAGUUGUCAGUGUCAUCCGGGAUACAAGGGAAAAAAGUGUCAAACACUUAUCAAAGGCUUCAGUUACAAUCAGCCUGGUCAUUCCUGCAAAGACAUCCGGGACUUAGGAGAUUCCACUGGAGAUGGCGAGUACUGGAUCGACCCUGAGAAGAACGGAAAGCCUCUAAAGGUCUUCUGUGACAUGACAACUGACGAAGGAGGUUGGCUUCUUGUUUCCAAUGUUGUGUUUGAAAACUCACCCUCACAACAGUUUUCGAUAAAGUCAUCAUACCGCGAUAUCAACAACUGCCACAGAAAGACGAUGUUUCUCAGCCUAGAAGCAACAAGGGAACUGAGAGCACACUUGUCCUUCACUCAGCUGAGAUUCCACUGCAGUAAACAAAAAGGACGUACGUUUCACGUGACCACGGCGCCUAACAGCAACGGUGAAGCUGUAAUCAACUUCUUCAGCGGUCAGACAAACUCCCGACCAAAUUCCUGUGGCUCGUUUGUGAGGAUGAAGGAUGACAACUCGAUGUUAGCACAAAAUUGCCAGCAAUGGAAAGACCAAAAGUGGGGUGAUCAUAAUCCAAGUGGGAGUUGCAGAUACAAAGUAGUUGCAUUUGUCUAUGCAGGUUUUCACUGGCUACUGCAGACACCUAAAAGCUCUAGAUGGGAAUGCGACGACUACAAUACAAGUAAUGGUGGAGAAUUCUUUGGAUUAUUCCCUGGCGAUUUCUGGAAAGUCUAUGUUCGUUAAGGCCUAAAUAACGAUCAUUACCGACCUCUCUUUACGUUGGUUUGAAAUGAACUUCUGACCAAAAAGUUGCCUAUGUUUUUGUCACGUUUGAAUAAAAUAAGUUGGGAAAAAGAUAGUGCCAGUCUCUGAAUCGAUUUGGAGUAAUUCAAAGUUGUUAAGAAUGAUAGAUUUAACCGCAUGGUUGUGAGGGUGAAAUGUAAGAGUGAAUAGAAUGUGGUCAGCGUUC